GAUCAUGAUGAUGAAAAGAAAUCUGCAGUUGCCACAACAAAGUCUAAAAGAGUGACAGCAACAACCUCCUCAUCCAAGGGAGUAACUGAACCGGUUACUGUUAAUGUUACUUCUGUAGAUAAAAAGAGUAAUACUAAUAGUACAACAGGUGGUAUUGCAGAAGUGCAAAAAACAUCAGGAUCUAGACUUGGUUGGGGUCCGGAGGCGGAAAAGUACUUCCCCGAUAACUACGUUGCAAGUCCCAAUAAACUCAUGAGUAGAGCCCAACCAAAGAAGACUACUACUACUUCUGCUACUACUACUACUACUACUACAACUGCUGCUAAUAAAAAGAAGACGACAUCCUCAUCUAAAGUGGCGGAAGAAGAUGCAGAAAUACAACCACCACAGAAAAAUGAAUUACCUGCAGAAGAAGUAGUAGUUCCUGCAGUGGAAGGACCUCGUCGCCUUGGUUGGGGCCCUGAAGCGGAAAAGUAUUUCCCUGAUAAUUACGUUGCUUCACCUGACAGGAUACCACGACUCAUUCGAGAAGCCAAAAAACGAGAGAAACAGCUACAAGAAGAAGCUCAGCGAAAAGCUCAAGAAGGAAAUAAGGAUAAAAUGGUGGUGGAAGUAGAAGAGGAAGAAGAAGAGGUGAAAAAGCAAAUAGAUACAAAUGCUGGAUCAUCCAUCUCGAGAAUUCUGUACUCGUUAGAAGAUAAACAGAAUGCUGAACUGCACUCGGGCGACUGUACAUCACGCCGCAGUGGUACUGUGGUGAUGCGUGAGAAUGAAGAGGAAGAAGAAGAACCACGCACGGCUCCUGCUGUCCUUGCAACUGCAGAGAUAACCCCACAAACAACAGGCAGCAGUAAAUCUCGGCAAGGCAAAACCUCCACCGUAAGCCGCAAGAGACGAUUGAGUGAAAUGGCGGAUGGCACCACGGCAUCACAGCCCGUUGUUGUGGAGAGAAAACUCAUGUAUGAUGUGGCUGAUGAUGCGGCGGUCAACAGAACGCCAGUAGCGCAGUCCACACGGCGGCUUAUUGAGGAGAAUGAAGAGAAAGUAGAAGAUAAACCACGACCUCCAGGCUGGGGAAAGGAAGCCCUACGCUACUUUGAUGCGGAGACGUACUUUGAUGAUCCCAGCAAGGCGAAGUUGAGUCCAGAGAUAUUGGCUCGUCCUGUUCGAGCAAGGAGAGAAGUUGUCUUGCCGUAUUAUUUCACAGCUAUCACCAAGUAA